AUGGCUCCUCCACCAUACAUCCCGCUUUGUGCCCCUUACGGUACUUACCCGACGAGCUAUGGCUACCAACCCUCUCUCGCCGCAGGAAUCUUCUUUAGCAUCUGCUUCGGCCUCUACACUUGUACAAACGUCAUCCAAACCUUCCGUACUCGCUGCUGGUGGAUGGGUCUUUUCUUCAGCGCCGGCACAAUUCUUGAAGUGAUCGGUUGGGUUGGUCGAACUGUUGCCCAUUCCUGUUCCUACUCGGGCGAGGUCAAUACCAUGCAAAUCGCAUCGCUCAUCAUGGGACCUGCGUACACGCAAAGUGGUGUUUACAUUGCGCUGUGGAUGAUCAUCAAGAUUCUGGGUCAAGAAGUGUCGCCCGUACCGCCGAAGCUUUACCUGUUCGUCAUCUUCGGUGUUGACUGUGUAUGUCUCAGUCUCCAAGCUAUCGGUGGUGGUAUAGCUGGUGCUGCAUUCGACUCAGGCACCAGUACCUCUACUGGAACAACCAUCAUGGUGGUUGGCAUCAUCGCGCAACUAGUAUCUGGCAUGGUAUUCGCUGGCUUCUUGUGCAUCGUAUUCCCACGUGGAGCUUCUCAGAUCAAGGCUAGUCGACCACUCUUGUUGGCAUGCACUGCCAUUGUCAUCAGCACCACAAUGAUGAACUUGAGAGGCUUUUAUCGUUCCAUCGAAUUGUGUCAAGGCUGGACUGGCCCACUCAUCACAACACAAGGCUAUGUCAUUGGCCUGGAUGCGGCGCCCAUGCUUGUUGCUAUGGGAGUCUUGGCAGUUUUGAAUCCUAGUGUGCUGCUGCGCCGAGUUGAGAGGAAGCAAGCCGUAGAAGAUGGCUGCAAUCCGAUCGAUGUGGAGAAGGGAGUGCCUAAGAGACUAGACUCUGAUCCCGAGAUCUCAGACUGA